AUGGAAGUGGAUGUGGUGAUGAUAGGUGUGGUGGUGGGGGUGGUGGAUGGAAGCGGUGCUGGUGGUGGAGGUGGUGGAUGUGGUGAUGGAGGUGGAUGUGGUGAUGUAUUCCGUGUCAACAUUGAAAGAGCUGUGUAUACAACGGCUUACAUAGAAGAUAAAAGAAAAGGGGGAGGGGAGGAAGUGGUAUGGGUAGAAAAAGGGGACAAUGGACUGACAACGAGGAAAAUGGAAACAUACUUUCAAUGUGUAUGUUUAUACACAUUAGCGUAUCUAUUUUCAGGAACCAAUGCAGUGAAUAUCAAUGACAUAAGGCUGGCAGACGGAGAAGGAACAUAUCAAGGACGUGUGGAGAUAAACAUAGAUGGGGUGUGGGGAACAGUUUGCGAUUACUCUUUUGAUUUGGCUGAUGCAAUUGUUAUGUGCCGUAUGAUGAAUCUUUCGGCGGCAUUCUAUCAUACUGGAUCCCAUUUUGGAGAAGGUGUAGGGCCGGUUUUUGCGAGGGAAUUCCAUUGCCGUGGAUAUGAAUCGACUCUUCAAGAGUGUACAUUUGUUCCAAAUGAAUUCAUAUGUUCGCAUGAAAGAGACGUUGGGAUCACUUGUACAGAAUGUGGAGAGGUAUCAAUACCUAAUGGAGAAGUCGUUACGGUGUCUGCUAAUGGGACAACUAUUACAGCCAGAUGUGAUACAGGAUACGAAUCUAGCACGUAUAUUAGCGUCUGUGAUAGUAAUGGACAAUGGACACCUGUUACGUGUUUGCCAAUAGGUUAUCCUCUUAAUAUUUCUGGAAUAAGAUUGGUAAAUGGCAUUGGUUUAUACGAUGGUCGAGUAGAAAUCUUAGUUAACGACACCUGGGGGACUAUUUGCUCCACCUCUUUUGGAUAUUAUGAAGCAAACGCUAUUUGCAGUAUACUUGGAUACAAGGAACACAGAACAUAUCAUACAAAUGCAAAUACAUAUGGAGAAGGGACUGGUCCGAUUUUCGUAAAUUAUCUAGAUUGUCCCUAUCAGGCCAUUGAUUUCAGCAACUGCACAUACUUUGUUGAUAAUACAUGUACUCAUUAUAGAGAUGUUGCUGUUGCCUGUAAUAAUACCCCUCUUAAUAUCUCAGACAUACGUUUGGUAAAUGGCACUGGACCAUACGAGGGUCGUGUUGAACUAUUGACAGAAGGUGUAUGGGGAGCACUGUGCUUUAGAUUUAUCGGCAAAGAAGAAGCCAGUACAUUAUGCCGUAUGAUGAACCAAAGCCUCGGUACAUAUUUUCAAUCGACUGUAUUGGCUGAAGAGACUACUCCUGUGUUGAUAGGAUCCAUAGAUUGUUAUCCGGUGAAAGACCAUAUUAAUGACUGCAACUACUACUCGCCCAGAAAGCAGUAUUGUGCACACAGCAAUGUUUUAUCUCUGUAUUGUUUACCGUGCAAUCUUGAUUUUGAACAUGGCUCUUUGACUGCUUUCAAUGGGACAAAUCUUACUAUUACAUGUGACGAUGGAUAUGAACCGGAACAAACUUAUCUACAAUGCUUUGAAAACGGAACUGUUUUCUACAAGGAUGUGUGCACAUCAAAAUAUAGUUAUCCACUCAAUAUCACCGAUAUUCGAGGUGCUGGAAGUCGCAUAGAUAUCAUGGUUAAGGGAGAAUGGGGAACUAUAUGCUACGGUGGCUUUGAUUCGAAUGGUGCGACUGUUAUUUGUAAAAUGUUUGGAUUGAAGUACAGGUCAUACGGAAGUUAUUGGUAUGGAAAUGGGCUUAUCUUCAUAGAUAAUUUGAUGUGUAAUGGGUCAGAGUCACACAUAAAUGAAUGUAACUACACCGUUCUCAACAGUUGUACACAUAGAUAUGUUGCUGGCGUUUACUGUACAGAAUAUCCAUUCAACAUUCGUCUUAAUAGUACUAUAAGUAGUCGACAGGGACGCGUAGAAGUAGAAAUUGGAGGUGAAUGGGGAACAGUAUGUGAUGACAGCUUUGGUUCUACAGAUGCAUUAGUUGUUUGUCGAAUGCUUGGAUAUAAUGUCUCGUACUCAAACGUUCGUUAUUUCUAUAAUGCUUAUUUUGGACGCGGAACUGGAGAAAUACUUAUCGACGACCUUGCGUGCAAUGGUGAUGAAUAUCAUCUACAUGAAUGUGACUAUUCACCUGACCAUAACUGUGGACAUUCUGAAGACGUAUCAGUUAUAUGCCUUGAGGAUCUUAAUGUAACAGACGCCAGACUUGUAAAUGGGACUGGUCCUUUCGAUGGUCGAGCGGAAAUCAAAGUAAAUGGUACUUGGGGUACUAUAUGUGACCACAAUUUUGAGCUUUUACAAGCGAACGCCUUUUGCGACAUGCUAGGAAAACGGGCCACACAAUACUUUACUGGUGCCAGAUAUGGUCAAGGCAGUGGUCCAGUGUAUUACGUAUAUUGUUCAAGUAGUUUUAUCAGUAACUGUCAAUACGAGAUAGCGGACAGGUGCACCCAUGAACAAGACACGUCUGUUGUAUGCAACGACUGUGGCGAACCGGACAACUCACAUUGGGGCGUAGGAUACUUUACUAUUAAUGGAUCCACCUUAUAUGCAGACUGCUCAUAUUACAAGUCAUAUGUUGGUACCCUUACACUGACGUGUAACAAUGAUACCAACCAAUGGGUAACAGAAGGUGAAUGCAGAGAAUACAGUUAUCCGCUAGCAAUAACCGGCAUUCGUCUUGUUGGCGGGGAAUCUUUGUCACGUGGACGUGUUGAAAUCAAUUCAAUGGAUACAUGGGGAACAGUCUGUGAUCAUUCAUUUGGAAUGAAUGAAGCAGAAGUAAUUUGUUCAAUGGCUGGUUUUGCAGGUGCGAUAGCAUUUUAUCCUGGUGCACAUUUUGGAGAAGGAUCAGGCCCUAUUUUUGUUGAUGAUCUCAGCUGUGAUGAAAAUGCGACCCACAUCAGCAAUUGCUCUUACGUUACGUAUGAUAACUGUUAUCAUUCAAAUGACGUAUCCGUUGUUUGUACAGACUGUGGAAAUGUGAUACCUGCAAACGGAUAUAGUAACUCAACCAUGUCGAACGAAGGAGCUGUAAUAGGAAUAUAUUGUAAUGAGAAUUACAUUCUUAUUGGUGAUUCGAUAAUAACAUGUCAAAAUGGCGCAUGGAGUGACCAACCAACUUGUAAAUUAAUAGACUGUGGUGACCCAACACCUGAAAAUGGGUUCCGAAAUGACACAGAUUCAACUAAUGGAGCUGUUGUAAAUAUUUGGUGCAAACCAGGGUAUACAAUUUUUGGUGAUGCGAUCAUUACGUGUCAGGCAAAUGAAUCGUGGACUGACAACCCAGUAUGUGAAAUUAACGAUUGUGGUCUACCAGAACCAGAAAAUGCCGUUGUAACAUUAUACAAUAAUAAAACGACAUUUGGUGAGAAUGCAGUUGUCAGCUGUGUCAAUGGUUACAUUCCAGACGGAAGUGUAACAGUAUCGUGUUUGGAAAAUAGCACGUGGGAAGAGUGGCCUGCCUGUGAAUUAAUCGAUUGUGGAGACCCGACUCCCAAAAGAGGAUCCAGGAACAGUUCUGAUUCAACAUAUGGUUCUUUGGUAUUUAUAAGUUGUGAAACAGGCUACAAUAUCUCUGGAAAUGCGACAAUAAUUUGCCAAGGGGAUGGAACAUGGAGCGAUAUUCCAGUCUGUGAUGCAACGGAUUGUGGUUUGCUGUCAGUACCAAAUGGAAAUGUGAAUACAUCUCAGGGGACAUCAGUGGGUUCUAUUGCCACUAUAGAGUGCGAUAACGGGUAUGAUCUAAAUGGUUCAUCAAUUGCUACUUGUACUGGAACAGGGGAACGUGCUGACUGGAACUAUUCUUCGGUUUGCGAAUUGCAAGUAUGCAGUGAUCCCACGCCCAGCAAUGGACGUACAACUGAGUCUGAUGGAAAGAAUAGCUAUGUUUUUGGAAGUACUGCGAAGAUAGAAUGCAAUACUGGAUAUGAACUCAAGGGAGACAGUCUCAUUACAUGUAAUAAUGGCGGUUUGUGGAGUGAUGAACCAACUUGUAAUUUAUUUGAUUGCGGACCACCUACUGCUCCAGCAAAUGGAGACAUUGAUGAUAUUCAGGGCACAAUGUACAAUGCUGAAAUAAGAUUCAAAUGUGACGAAGGGUUUUUGCUUGUUGGCGAAGAAUACUCCGUAUGUGGAGCAAACGGAGACUGGAGUAAUGACGCUCCGGAAUGUGUGGCUAAAUCUGCUGCAGGUGGAUAUUGUCAAAACAAAGAUUAUUGUUUACUUGAGGAUUCAAACUGCAUCAACUUUGUCUGUACAUGUAUUACCGGAAUUUAUGACACUCGCACAAAUAAAUGUGAUACAAUGCCACUGAUGCCAUUUGGGACUGACGUAGGUGAUAAAACCAUACCUAAAACAAGAUCUAUUUGUGGACCAAAGGUUUCAUUUGCAGCAGGGUUUCCAAUUUAUGGCAAAAUGCACACCGACUUAUAUGUUUGCUCGUUUGGUUAUGUGAGCUUUGAUACUCAAUUCAGCAAUCCAACAUCUCCCAGUAACAGGAGGGCAGUCAAAAGAUUUGGUCAGAAGAGAUUGUUACUUGCACCUUUUUAUGCACCAAUAGACCGCAUGAAGUCGGGGCCGGUGUUUUAUAGAACUUAUCACAUACUUAAUAUUAAAGAAUUCAUUGACAAUACGAACAUUAUUUCGAACAUCGAGAAUAUCGUGAGAAAAUUUGGAAAUCUUGAUUCGUUUCACGCAAGCUUUAUUUUGAUUGCAACUUGGUAUGAGCAAAUACCUGCAAGACGUGGAUUUGACCAAACAAAGACAGCAACGUUUCAAGUUGUUUUAGCAUCAGACGGAAAGUCCACGUACGCCUUUUAUAUUUACGGAAAUGGUAUGAUGAACUGGGUAAAUAAUCUUUCCACUCGUCCUCCCAUCUGGAUUGGAGAAACAGUGGAUACAUUGACCUACUCGCAUCCGUUAGCUUUUUCUAAUGCAGCUUUCAAGCUAGAUGUUAAACUGACCGUUUCAAAGUCCGAACGAGAUGUUUCGGGACUAGUCGUGAGAUCACUAAAUACACAAGGAAAGAAACACGAGAAUGCUGCUGUUGACUGUAUAAAAUGGUAUAAUGAGAACUACAAAGAGAAACAGAACAUUGCUUACAUCGCCAGUAUUGCACCCAAAUGCCCUUGUGAUAUACGCCUUUCACGAUUUGAUCCUUGGUUUUGGAUGAUUGGACUCUACAGAUGGCGCCGAGAUUUGAAUUAUAAAUGUGUAGAUAUGCUGCACGUUGGAAAUUUCGGACAUUAUGGAAAGACAUGUUGUUACGACUUGAAAACUUGGCUAUGGGUAUACGAAAGACCACUUGCCGGUAAUUUUCACCUGUAUAACUCACGGCACCCUUCUGAACACAUAUUAAACGACGUGGAGCCGAAAACUAAAUGUUGUGUAUUGUCAAAUUAUUGCGAUCUCUACUACGAACUGAGGCCGACUGGACUUUGUUAUAAGACAUCACCGUAUAAUUUUGGAACAUUCUGGGGAGACCCGCAUUUCAGCACAUUGGAUAGUAUGAAUUUCACAUUCAAUGGACUUGGAGAAUAUACACUUCUAACAAUAAAUACAGACAAGUGUAAUUUUGAUCUACAAGCCAGAACUGAACGAGCUUUAAAAGAGGAUGGUAAUUUGUCUGACGCCACAGUCUUUGCUGCUUUCGCCGCCAAAGAUUCAACAAGUUCAUCGGUACAUGUAGAGCGCAACAAAAAGAGAAAUGGUAUCAAUUUGUAUGGAAAUGGCGCUGAUCUGACAGAGCAGUAUAACUCAAAUACAAAUGAAACUGAUCCUUUUGUGUGGUCUUCAAGUGACAAUAACUUGACCAUUACCAAACGAAAUGGCAGUGUGGAUGUAUAUUUCCCUAUUUGUAACAUAUCGCUGAUCGUAUCAAUCAAUGUUGAAAUGUUGACUUUGCGCACGUUGGUCCCUGAUAAUCUUCAAAAUUUAACAAACGGACUUCUUGGAAACUACAACGGAGAUUCUAGCGACGAUUUUACGAUGCCAAAUGGAACAGUCCUACAGGAAAACAUUACCGAAAGAGAAAUAUUUGCAUAUGGCCAAACAUGGGCAAUAAAUCCGAACAACUCGGCAUUCGUUUAUGACGAUGGAAAAUCCUAUUUCGAUUUCCAAAAUGAAACGUACGUUCCAAGAUUUUUGGACGAAGCUGACCCUGAGCUCAUUGCGAAAGCUGAAAAAGUAUGCGACGGUUCCAGUAAUACUGAGUGUGUGUUUGACUAUGUUUUUACGGAGAAACCAGAUAUCGCAGAGGAAACCAAAAAGGUUAGAGGACAGUCAGAUGCAGACAAAGCAGAAAUCGACGAAAUUGUGCCAACACUUGAAGGAUGUUCAACCGUUAAUGUGACAAAAGGACAAAAAGCGUCAUGUAAACUUAAUGUUGGAGACGGUGACUCAGUAAAGAUUGUUUCAAGUAACGUCAGUGCUGAGAUUGAUCAGGGGUCAUCAACAAUUACAUUCGUACCUGAAACAGAUGAACCCGUUACAAUUCGUGUGAUGGCGGAAAACGAAAAUGGCCGAUCCUCUCCAACUUUUGCUGUAAGUGUAUUACUGUGUACAGCAUGUAACGGGCAUGGAGUAUGUACAGGUGUUCCAAGAAGCGAUCCACGGGAAAAUGAAUACUUUCACUAUUCCGCGUGCGAAUGCGACCCUGAAUAUGAAGGCAUUGAUUGUGAAAAUGAGUUUGACGGAUGUGCGGCAAAUCCCUGUUCUUUAGACAGAAACUGUUCAACUCUAACGGCUGAGGAACAAAUUCAACGAAAUAGAUCGUACGUCUGUGACCCGUGCCCGACUGGUUUUGAGGAUGACGACGAUGACGAAUGUAUAGAUAUAGACGAAUGUGAAGUAAACAAUGGUGGCUGUGAUCAAAAUUGUACAAACACAGACGGCAGUUUUGAAUGUACAUGCAAAAGUGGAUACAGAGUUGACAGCAGAGACAGUAGUGCAUGUAAAGAUAUAAAUGAAUGUGAAGAAGCGACGCAUAAUUGCGACCAUAUAUGUAAUAAUACAGAAGGUGACUUUACAUGUCAAUGCUUCGCCGGUUAUGAAUUUAAUACGACUUCACAGACUUGUCAACAGACGUCGGAUGGCAGAUGUACUGACAUUGAGAAGAAUAUGUGUUCAAACGCACACGGUUGCACCAAAGAAGACAAUAAAUCGGUUUGCUUCUGCAAAGAUGGAUAUGAUUUAGAUUCAACUGGAAUUUACUGCCAAGGUAUAUUUCUCGUGUUAACAGAAAAAAGAAACCUAGCCCUGAAAGUUAAUAUCUCAAAUUCAAAGGGAUCGGGUGUUUCACUUCAAGAGAAUCAAUCAGACUUAAAUCAUAUGCAGGUCGAAGGUGUCUGCGUGGCUGUGAGUUUAAGACCACUGAAGUCGAAGACUGUUUCUGAUGUAGCAAGGUUCAAAACCAUCACAACGUUGUGUGAUUAG